CCCCGCCUCCCCGCCCCCUACCCCCAGCCACGCACGCGCAGGCAGGAUACACCCCCUUCGUGCCACACCAUGUCCGCGGCCUCCGACACUGCCCCCGAUGACCAGUCGGUCACCUUCGACACGGCUGGGCUGAGCUUUGCCUCCGGGGAAGCCCGGCCCUUCGGCGACCCGACCCCCGCCGGCAGCCCCGGCCUGCUGGCGUCCGACGCGGGCCCCGGCCUGCGGCCCUCGCAAACCGAGUACUCCAGCCUCCUGGAUGGCGAUGUGUCCGGCUCCGGCGACGCCUCCCAAGCUGGGCAGAAGUUCAGCGACGUGUACGACUUCGAGUCGGACCUGCAGGAGCGCCUCGACGCCACGAGCACCAUCUUCAACGACGAAAACAUCGUCCCCAGCGACUCGACCCUGCGCGUGGCCGAGGGCGUGGCGCGCAUGCGCUUCUCCGUCUUCAACCUGGUCAACACCAUUGUCGGCGGCGGCCUCCUGUCUCUGCUCUUCGCCAUGCGCCUCCUCGGCAUUGUCCUCGGCCCGAUGGCCCUGGCGGUUGUCUGCGUGGGGUCCAUCUUCUCGCUCCACCUGCUGACCGAAUGCGGCGAGCUGGCCCUGCUCAAGUCCCGGGCCUCCUACAGUGUCCUGGCCCGGCUGGCCCUCGGCCGCAUUGGGCUCCUCUACUCGGACAUUUGCAUGAUUCUCUCCUGCUUCGGCGUGGCCACCUCCUACUUGGUGAUUUUCGGCGACACGAUCGCCCCGCUGAUCGCCUCCUCGGACCCCACCUCCGGCGGCAUGUCCUUCACCACCACGCACCGGAUGCUGGUCGGGUGUGCCCUGCUGGUGGUCCUGCCGCUGUCCUCGCUCCGGCACCUGAACGCCCUGCGCCACUUCAGCCUCUUCGCCAUCACCGCCUCCCUCUUCUUCAUUGUUUGCGUUGUCGUGCGCAGUGUCCAGGAGAUGGUCACCGUGGGCUUCACCGACUGUGCCACCACCACCGCCGGCUGUCCGGAGUACUUCAACACCAACCCCAGCCAGAUGCUCAGUGCCAUUCCGCUCAUCUGCUUCGCCUUCACCUGCCAAAUGAACUUCUUCAGCACCUAUGGAGAGAUGAAGCUGCCCAACACCCGGCGCAUCCACAAGGUCAUCAACCGUGCCAUGAUCGUGGCCAUUUCCGUCUACCUGGUGGCCUCGGUUUUCGGGUACCUGCACUUCCGCGCGGACAUCCUGAGCAACAUCCUGCUCAAUUACCCGGCCGACGAUAUGCUCCUGCUGUUUGGCCGGAUCGCCAUCGCGAUCGAAAUUCUCCUCGGCGCCCCGAUGGCCGUGCACCCCCUGCUGGCCACCCUUGACCGCCUGCUCUUCCCGGACAAGGAAUUCUCCUGGACCCGUCGUAUCAUCUCGCUGCUGGUGGUUUUCUCCCUGGCCGUGACCCUGGCCAUGACGGUGGCCGACAUUGGCUUCCUCUUCGGCUUGACUGGUGCCACUGCCUCCACGUCCAUUGCCUUCAUCCUGCCGGCCCUUUUCUACAUUCGACUGUCCUCGAACCAGCCCCUCUGGAAGGGCAAGCGCCUGGCGGCCCUGGUGCUGGCCGUGGUCGGCGUGGCCCUCUCCAUCGCGGCCACCGUGGCAACCAUCAUGGAGAAGUGACAGCUCGGCCUUCUGCCCACCACCCAUUCGCCCGCUCUCAGUGCGGGCCCCCCCUGUUCCCCGGCAUUGGCUGGCUGCCUGCCUGCUGCGCUCUGAGCGGGGUCCCCUCCCCCUCCCCCUCCCUCCC